GGUAGACAGACAGAGACUGAGGGGGAGUCACCGACACAACGGAGAGGACUUUCUGGUGACUGAGGGGACCCUCCGCGGCUCCGAGCAGAUCUGGACCCCCCCUGCACCUCCACUGGGUCUAAUGUGCCAGACGGCGAUGGUUACCGCCAGUCCUGGAUAUUAUUUAUAACCGAGGGAGCAUAAAUUGGAUGGGACGCGCGGAGGCAAGACAAUCCCGGAAAUAACAUGCGUACUCUCAGCCGGUCACGUACGCUCACUGAGGCUUUGCAUUGCUGUAGCCUGCCGUAGAUAUUUCAUAGGCUCCAAAUGAUUGCGAGGCAGACGCAAACAAACACACAGAUUCAGAAUAAUAUUUCAGAAUAAUGGACGAAAUAAAAACAAAAGGAAGUCGACUUGGACAUGAAACUUCCCGCGGCUGCAGCACAGCUCCCCUCCGUCAGAGAAAGCAGAGGCUCGGGUAAAAAAUGAAGCGAGGACGUGAGCUACGUGCGCAUCCAGCAGCAGCCGAGAUUAAAUGGAGAGCUUGGGACACACGGACCUUUUAAAUCCAAGCUCUUCCCACGGAUCCGUCAGUGUUUCAUCCUCGCAGGAGAGAAGGACAACAGGCCAGCAGCUCGUCUUUGCACCGGCUGAGCUUCACCAUCCUUACCGAGCCGACAUGGGGCUCAACGGCUUCUGCGCGGCGCCGGCCGAGAGCCCGACGGCCGCGGAGCUGUUGGCGGGUUUGGCUUCUCAAACUGUCUCCCCUGGGAUCACAACCCUAAAGAAGCAGUCUAAAACCGGAGUGCCGCUCUAUAACGGCGGGGUGGUCUCUCCAUCCGCCACAGUCGAGGGGAGCCACAGUGGUGUUUUGGCACAGACCCCAAAUGGUUACCCUCCACAAAUGAAGGGGCUGGUGGAGGUACAGGCUGGCCCGACAUACCCCCUGUCCAGCAGAGCCUGCCUGGUGGAGAUGGGGGACAGGGCGGCUCACGAGAAAUGCCCUCUGGCGAUGAAGAGAGUCAACGGUGACUUUCGGGCCAGACAGGUGCAGCAGCAGAAACGGAGGGGUGGGGAGAACCGGGACAUGGGGUCGGUGGGUGUCAGUGGUCCUAUGGGCCCUCCAGGGCAAGGGUCAGGAAGCUCUGCGGACCCGCUGUUUGCGCCGGCUGACUCGGUUACGCCGGAUUUCAAAAGGAGGAGGUUGCAAGAGGGAAAUAUUGUUCACAAAUCCUCAGAGGCCUCCCGAGCGACCCGGGUGGUUGCUCCGCUUACGGUCGCAGUCAAUGGCAGCAACGGUGUCCAUAGCAACCAAAUGAACCACAGCAAUCACAUGCACUGUGCCGCUCCGCAGCCUCCUCUCUCCCCUCCCGCCUCCCACGCCAGCCUCCAGCACAAGGGGCACAAGGUAGCAUCCUUGGUCCCACCGGCUGCACCGGGCCAGACCUCCCCAGUGGAGGCCAAUGGUAUCCCAGCCUUGCCGAUGCCUGCAGGGGCUGGCUGGUCGGCGGAGCGCAUCGCCCAGCAUUACAUCGUCCCCUGUAUGAAGUACUACGGCAUCUGUGUGAAGAAUAACUUCCUGGGCCCUCAGCUGGGUGAUAGGGUCCUGGAGGAAGUGGAGGCUCUGAACCACAGUGGAAAGUUUCGGGGAGGCCAGCUGGUCAGCCAGAAGAAUAUUCCCUCUCGGAGCAUCCGGGGCGACCAGAUCGCCUGGGUGGAGGGGCGGGAGCCGGGGUGCGAGAGCAUCGGGGCGCUGAUGGCUCACAUUGAUGAGGCCGUCAUGUACAGUGCUGCCAAUGGACAGCUGGGGGACUGUGUCAUCAACGGACGCACUAAGGCCAUGGUGGCUUGUUACCCUGGUAACGGGACAGGGUAUGUCCGCCACGUUGACAACCCCAACGGUGACGGUCGCUGCAUCACGUGCAUCUACUAUCUCAACAAGAACUGGGAUGUCAAGAAACAAGGGGGGCUGCUGCAGAUCUAUCCCGAAGGCAAAAAUGUGGUGGCCAAAAUCGAACCUCUGUUUGACCGGCUGCUCAUCUUCUGGUCUGACCGCAGGAACCCGCACGAAGUCAAGCCAGCUCAUGCCACUCGCUAUGCCAUCACAGUCUGGUACUUUGAUGCCAAGGAGAGGGCAGAGGCUAAAGAGAAGUACCGAUUGGCAACAGGACAGAAAGGUGUUCAAGUGCCUGUCAGUCAAAACAACAAGACAUAAAGCUCAUCUAAUCACUGGAGAGCACUCUGAAAGUAUUAUGUGCCUUCCCGAACUGCUAUUGGACAUGACGACCAUGAAGGCAGACUCUGUCAAACACUGCAGCUCCACCCCGCUCUUUCAGUGUCCGCUGUCAGUCGCUCUUCACGGGCUGCGAUGUAACGUUUUCUCGGCGUCUCAUUGGGUCGCCGACCGCGGAAGUGGCAGACAUAGAGCACAAUGGACUGGAUUAUAUGGAGACGGCAACGUGGGAAUUACUCAUGUGGCAGAAAAGAGGGAGAUAAUGAAGAUGAAAUCCUCCUCUUUGUUUGGAAGUGUCGCGGGGUUGAAGAAGACCGAUGAAGACAACUGACUAAAAAAAAUAAAUAAAUAAAUAAAGGACUGUUUCAUUUUCUUUUGUUGCAGUUUUGCCUUUUCAGUUAUCAAUGACGUUGUGAUGUAAUCCGAAAUCAUUGUUUUUCUCCGCUCUGGCAUACGCCACCGGAAGGCGUGUAUACCAUCAAUCAGCCUUCCCCUUGCUUCGUGACGUGGGGUGGGCUAAUCUUAACUCAGCGGCAGAGUGUGUGCGUGCAGAGUGAAGACGGCGGGGUUUAGGAGAAAUGAUCCUUGACGUGUCAUGAGUGACUGUCCACCAUGACGUAGGGGAACGUUGCCCUUUGGCACUCAUGCACAUUCAGUCAGUCCUCCAAGCACUAACCAUAAACCUUACAGGGAGGUACUCCAUGCCUGGGGACAGGUGUGCACUGUAGUUUUCCACUGUAUAGCACAAAGAGUCGAGGUGUAGAGGGAUUCCAGCGGUGUGUUGUAAUAGCUGGCUAAGACUUUAAAAAAAAAAAAAAAUCUGUGUAAACUGUUUUUGACUGAAAGUGCUUUCACAACUGCCUCAAAGUGUCAGUGUGUGACAUUUGGCUGAGUAAUCCGAGUGUCCGUAGGCUAUACCCUGCUAUACUUUGACAGCAUGGACAUUUGAUUCUUAGUUUUUUUUUGUUGUUGUUGUUUGUUUGUUUGUUUUUUAAAUGUGUGCAACAGAUUUUGAAGACUGCUCCUACAGUACACAAAGCACUUAUACAUAGAUUGGUAUGCAAUGCACUCAGAGGAAUGCACAGCUCAUACUGUUGUCCAUGGAGAGGGGUGAAAACAGGGUUUGACGAAAUGGAGUGUAUUUUUUUUUUCUGUGUAGGUGUGUGCGUGUUUACUGUGUUUGUGUGUGUGUGUGUGUGUGUGUGUGUGUGUGUGUGUACUGCGAAAAAUGUCUAUCGUAACAAGUCAUUUAGUCUCAUGUCUCUCUUAGAAGUGGAAAAAUCUCCCUAGUGGGAUGAGGUAAUCCCACUUUUUUCCAGUGCACUUGUUUCAGGGAUUUUUCUGGGGGGAAAAAAGCAUUUAAACUAAGGGAGAUUGUGUUAUUAAUAUCAAGAAAAUUUUUUUGAAGCAACUUGAUUAGUACUGGAAACAAAUGGGGUUACCUCUUUUUCACUCAUUUUCAAAAACAAAACAAGAUUGAAAAUAAGACCAAAGGACAUGUUAAGAUGGUGGAUUUGCAGCGUGUGUGUGUGUGUGUGUGUGUGUGUGUGUGUGUGUGUGUGUGUGUGUGUGUGUGUGUGUAUACGUAUGCCUGUGUACACAUUCGACAUGUCUCCUCCUUUCACUACACAGUUGGCCAAACACACACACAAAAGAUGGAUGGAUAAGAACAGCCAAUUAAAAAAAAAAAGUGAAUAAAAACCAUAGAAAUCCAAUUUCCAUAAUGCAAACACUUAAAAAUUGUACUAAACAGAACUGAACUGAAUCAUAACCUCAGUCAACUUGUACAGUUAAGACGACUUACUAAGCACAGAGAGAGCACGCUGUAUGAGAACUGCAGUGUGAAGCUACUGCCUGCUCGUGUGUGGCUCUGUAUGUACGUGGAUGUGUGCGUGCACGUGUGUGUAUCGAAGUCCACUGUCUCGAAUGGGGUUUGCAGAUGCCUCGGUGUGUGUUCGAUUGGUUAAAAGAGAAGGUUAUUAAAAAAAAAAGCACUUUAUUGUUUGAAAUGCCAUGCGUGAAUGAUAGAAGAAAAAAAA